UAAUGUCUAUCAGUUACACAUUGAUAAAAGAUAGAAGUAUAUGACUCUUUUUUUCUUUUUUUUCACAUGAUUCCACUUGGAUCCUACACACUUUUAUGUGUGUAUAAGAGAUAAUUUUAUCUCCCACAAUAUAAGAAACAUAGAUAUCUAAUUUUUUUUAGGGAAAACAACAGCUAUGUAUGGAUUAAAAAGUAACCAUAAAAGAAGAAGAAGAAAGAGGAGGAGGAGGGGGAGGAGGCAAGGGUCUAUAUAUUCUACAAGCCCCAAAGCUAAUCCUCAAUUCAUCAUGGACCCUCUAAAUCCUAAAGAAUUUAGGAAGCAAGGGCACAUGAUAAUUGAUUUCCUUGCUGAUUAUUACCAGAAUGUUGCUAACUAUCCAGUUCUAAGUCAAGUAGAACCUGGUUAUCUAGGAAAACUCUUGCCUAGUUUAGCACCUUUGAAUCCUGAACCCAUUGAAACCAUUCUUCAAGAUUUGCAGCAACAUAUAAUUCCAGGAAUAACACACUGGCAAAGUCCUAAUUACUUUGCUUACUUCCCCUCCAGUGGUAGCACAGCAGGGUUUCUAGGAGAAAUGCUAAGCACCGGACUCAACGUGGUUGGUUUCAAUUGGGUCUCAUCCCCAGCAGCAACAGAGCUAGAAAGUGUUGUCAUGGAUUGGCUUGGACAGGUGCUGAAGCUCCCCAAGCCUUUCCUUUUCUCUGGUAAUGGUGGAGGUGUUUUGUUAGGGACAACUUGUGAGGCCAUCUUGGCUACACUAGUUGCUGCAAGAGAUCAAUUGCUUAGUCAAAUUGGUAAGGAAAACAUAGGAAAGCUUGUUGUGUAUUGUUCUGAUCAAACACACUGUGCAGUUCUGAAAGCAGCUCAUAUAGUAGGAAUUCACCCCAAGAAUUUCAGGGCCAUCAAGACCAUGCAGUCAACUUCAUUCACUUUGUUACCUGAAUCACUAUUAUCAACCAUUCAAUCAGAUGUUGGAAAUGGGUUGGUUCCUUGUUAUCUUUGUGUCACUGUGGGAACUACUUCAACAACCGCAAUUGAUCCAAUAGGACCACUGUGUAAGGUGGCAAAAGAUUAUGGCAUUUGGGUCCACGUUGAUGCUGCUUAUGCUGGUAGUGCAUGCAUUUGCCCUGAGUUUAGAUACUUGAUUGAUGGAGUUGAGGAUGCAAAUUCUUUUAGCCUCAAUGCACAUAAAUGGUUUCUUACUAACUUAGAUUGUUGCUGUCUUUGGGUAAAGGAUCCAGCUUCUCUUAUAAAGUCUCUAUCAACAAAUUCAGAGUAUUUGGAAAACAGUGCUUCUGAUUCAAAGAAAGUGGUGGACUACAAAGAUUGGCAGAUAACCUUAAGCAGAAGAUUUCGUGCCCUGAAAGUAUGGCUUGUUCUUCGAAGCUAUGGUGUGGCUAAUCUUAGAAACUUCUUAAAAAACCACGUUGAAAUGGCCAAAACUUUUGAAGGAUUGGUAAAGCUGGAUAAGAGGUUUGAGAUUGUAGUACCUAGAAAUCUUGCUGUUGUCUGCUUUAGAGUUUUGCCAUCAGCAGUUGCAAAGAUUGCUAAUGGUAAGGUUCAGAAUGGAGAUCUCAAAACUGAGGAUGUUGCAAAUGAAAUCAAUCGUAAGUUGCUUGAUUCCAUCAAUGGUUCAGGCACUGUAUACAUGACUCAUGCUAUCGUUGGAGGAAUUUUUGUGAUUAGGUGUGCUAUAGGGGCAACUUUAACAGAGGAAAAACAUGUGAUCAUGGCCUGGAAGGUGGUGCAGGAACAUGCAGAUGCCAUUUUAAACAACUAAAUCAAGUCUAAAUUUUGCAGGAAUAAAAAACAUUGUCCUAGCAGAAUCACAUCCGAAUGUCCAAGAACUCUCUAUUGGAUACAUUGGGUGCAGAAUAAAAACAGCCUCCAAAGUGUGUUACUUGUUGAUUGAGCAUCAGUGUGUUUUUGGUUUUAUGUUUAAAUCUUGCAAAUUGUACUUAAUUUAUUGAUUGUCAUCCUUCAUCUCAACGUUCUAAA